GUACGUGACCCUUGAUGAUUAGAUCACCCUAAUGCGAACGCUUGCAAUUCGAACAGGUUUCACUCCUCCAAGCGGUUUUUCGGCUGCGACGAAAGCUAUUGCCAAGGGAUUUCCCAUCGAACCGCCCGAUCUCUGCUCUAGAGGGUUUAUCCUUCUUCUCCAAGCUCUCCGGAGGAGGUAUGACUCAUACGCAGUCAAGCCAAAGAUAGUUCUCGUAAGCUCAAUGGGAAUGGGGAAAGUCGCGCACGGCACCAUUCCAUUCGCCCUUCGCCUCAUGUACACCAUGCUCCUCGAGCACCCCCACGCUGACAAGAUAGCGAUGGAAGUCGCUCUCUCCAAAGCCCUUCUUCCCUCUGAAGAAUCAUACCCUCGCUUCUUCCCUGCUCCAUCCGAGAUCAGUCCUAAGGUAACAACACUAGCUUCCAUUGACGCUGCGAUUAGUCCUUUCAUCGCGCCUCAAGACGUAUGUGUGGUUCGACCUGCAUUAUUGAACAAUAAGACGGCAAAGGGAAGGGGGAGUUAUCGUAUUAUCCAGGAAGGGACUGGACAGGAGGAGAGUUCAGGGAAGGGGAUGUUCUCGAUUUCGAGGAAGGACGUCGGAGGCUUUAUCGCAGGGUUGUUAGGGGGAAAUGAUGAUGUACAGAAAUGGUGGGGAUGUCAGCCAGUGCUCGCGUACUAGGUGUCAGGGAUUCUGAUGCACGAUUGGACUGCAUCUGCUGAGCUUUGCCGGGAUUUUGAGAUUUUGCGUAUCUUCCUCUGUCUGAGUUUGUGGUCUUGAUUACCCGGCAUGCGAAAUCCAAAAUACCGAUUGCAUUAUAUUUAAUCCAAACGAAUAUUUACGUCUACACACGACAAUUUUCGAGCUUGGUGACGAGGAUAUCUUCAGCACCUAUCACCUGCAAUUUAUCCAUGACAUCAGCGAUGGUGGCCCUUUCGACCAUCACGUUGAUGGCUACCCAUUCUUCUUCACCUAGGAGUGGGCAAGG